GCCAAACCACUGGAAAAGGCCGAUUCCAACGUGUGGGCCGAAAACAUGUGCACCAUGGGCACCGUCGUCGUACUCGAUCAAGGACAAGGUGAUGAUUCCGAAGACAAGUUCUGGGCGUACCUGGGCGAUGGUGACAUUCAGACGGAUGCGGCCGACGACGAGGGCGUGACGGAAUUCACACCCCUCCUCUACCGUGUCGAUGGAUCCAUUGCCAAAGAUCUCGAAAAGGUUGCCGAAGGAUCGCCCGUACAGAAAACCAGCACGGACUACAAAUGCCUCAACAAGGGCGAUCUCAAAGAUGACGAUGUCUUUUUGCUCGAUAGUGGAUGGGAAAUUUACGUUUGGAUUGGAAGCAAGGCCGAUCGAUACGAAAAAAUUGCCGCCAUGUUUGCCGCCGACAAGUAUUCCAAAAUGGAUCCCCGUACACUCGAAUUGCCCGUGGAAAUUGUCAAGUCGGGUGCCGAAUCCGACCGAUUCCUUUCUUACUUUGCCUAAGCGCAUGUGAGUAAGUAUACAAAGCCCUUGACGCAUGUGUUGCAUGGCGUUGUAAUGGUUUGGCAAUACACUGGUGGACUGAGACAGGAAGGAAGGAAGGAAGGAAGAAUCCCAUUCUUGAUCAAUUCUAGACAUUUAUAGUAUAAUCUGAACCAUCGUGUCAACCUGGAACCUGUUGAACAUCUUCCAGGUAGAAUGGUGGUUACAGAAAAAUCACCUCUUUUAGGAUUAGUGGAUGCAUGCAUGUCUUGACUGGUGAACUUUAGCGUAGU